CAACAUCAGCCGAUGUUGCUUGUUUGUAUUUUCAAACGAGUUAUCUUUGUAUUUGUACUAAUAUUUAAGGAGUUUUACAUGUUAACGAGUGCCUAAUAUGCGAUAAUAAAUGUAUACCUAUCGCUAAAACCCAUUAUACCGUUAUAGACCAAUUAUUAUAACGGUAAAAUUUAUGCAACAAAGAUGUUCCAACAGUGCGUUACAUGAUCGAAAGCCUCGGUGUUAUUUUUACAUUUAUGAUAUAAUCUUAUUAAGUAAGAUGAUUCAGUGAUAUGUAGUUUGUCCAGUAAAGUAAUAAGCUAGUCACGAGAAAGGUUAGCUACUAAGUGCGAGGUUAAUUUGGUAAUAUUCCGGUCGAAAUGGAUAGAGUAAAGUUAUUGUGGUCUAAAACAAAUCGGUGGCAUAGAGUAAUUCUGAUCCUUCUGAUCGUGGAACUCCGCCUGCUUCCCAGCCGUCAACUGGGCUUCUACUGCAACGAUCCAGCGCUCUCGCACCCUUUCACUGGCGAUACAAUUAGUUGGAAGUGGCUACUGGCGACUGUUGUGUUUCUACCGUUAGUUGUUUUACUUAUUGUAGAAAGAGUAUACAACAAGGACGAUGCAGGGCGGUCAAAGGAACAAGCGUUGUGCUGGUACAAAGAAUACAUGUAUGGUGUGCUGAUUAACUUGAUGGUGGUGCAGUUGUUGAAGAUCCUCGUAGGAGAGCCAAGACCAGACUUCUUUGACACUUGCAAUCCGCAAGAGGCUGGCACUUGUACCGGGUCAGAAUAUGUGUCAAGCUACACUUGUCUGAAAACUCACUGGCUAAGUCAGUCAGAUAAAAGCUUUCCUUCAGGCCACACCUCCCUUGCUCUACACACCGGGUUUUUUAUAGCUUACUACCUCCAUCAAAGAACGAAACGCCUGGUACGGUCGCGCGCUAUACUCUGCGCGCAAGUACUAAGUAUAGUGAGCGCGGUGUACUGUGCGAUAUCCAGGAUUACGGACCACAGGCACCACUGGUGGGACGUACUAGCCGGGGCCGCUUUGGGAGUCCCUAUUCUGUUUUAUACUGUCGCGUCGCUUUGUAAGAACUUCGACUGCCCCAACCCUGGUAAAGAAGAAAGCUCGCAUGAAAAACCAGGCACUGCCACAGUGACCGUGUGUGAUACGUAACACGUGGUUUAUUAUGGUUUGGUUUCUUAAUUUAUUAUUUAUUUUAGUUAUCUCUUAUUUAACCGAUAUAAAAUUCCACUAUUGAGAUAUUCAUACAGGGUGUCAGUCUAGGAAAGUCAUGAAUUCUUGAGAUGGAGUUCGGUGUUCGAGCGAGAUCUGUACGCACUAUUUUGAAUGUUUUGCUGACCUAUAUCUUCUUACACCCUGUAUGUAAUCAAUAUUUCAAUAAACGUGAGAGAGAAUAAAAAAUAAAUAAAAAAAAUUCGUCAGUAAAAUAUUUAUGUAAAUAAAUAUGUAAGUAAUCUGUA